CAGUAGACCUCUCACAAAUAUACCUUAUAAAUUCCCAUAUUUAAUAGGAAAAAGUAUAAUUUAUUUAUUCAAUGUUUCUUUUUAGAUUUAUGUUCAGUAUUGUUCAUUGAUGUAUUCUAUUAUCCCCAUUGAUCUUACUAAUAAAUUUACUUUUCUCUUUCUGCUUCACGUUGACAGUCAUCAAGGAUUUGAAAGCGCAGCAGAGGACGACUCAUAGUUUCACGCGUAAUAUGAACAGUCCUUGGAUAAAACCACUCGAAGUAUUCAAUGAACCAUAUCUUUGUAUUCCAUUACAGAAUUUAUUUCUUUAUUUCCCAGGUUGUAUAUCAGUUGAUCAGUCUGGAGAUCACAUUUAUAUAUCUGACAGUAAUCACCACCGGAUAAUUGUAUUUGAUGCUCAUGGAGGAAUUCAAGACUUUAUUGGUUCCUCUCCUGGUUUUGAAGAUGGAGACUUUGAAAAUGCAAAAUUUAUGCGCCCUACAUUGUGGACUCAGAGCUUGUGGACUUUAUGGGUUAUGGACCUUGCCUCUGGGACUCUAAAAGAAAUUGUGAGAGGUGUGGAAGCCACUGACAGUGUACUUCGUUCCUUGUAGUAUUGAUGUAAGUUGGCCCUAUCAACAUCACUAUCACUGUAUGCUCUUGAAGGAUUCUCGAAUAUAAUGGAUCGGAGAUCUGUGGGCAUACAAUUAUGGAGAAGUCAUAUAUUUUGAAGCAAGUGCCAGAUGUGCUUGUUUCAUAUUUGUUGGCUUCACAUAGAGAUUUGGAAAGCCUCAUUUUAUGCAGACCUCUACAUGUGAUGCUUAAGUUUGACUGCCCAAACCACCCCACGUCAGAAGAUAAUUCCAAAGAAAUUGUUGUAACCCAAUCUUCUUUUAAUGUCAAUGUCUCCCUUUGAACAUUGUUCCUUGUGUUUGCUUUGAAGUUGCAACCCUUCUAUUGUCUCUCGAGUCUGGGCUCUGAUGUAACCUGGUCUCCUUUCCCCCUUUGAGACUAUUAGUUUUUCUCUUUGGAAGCAUAUCAGAAUAUGAUAUUCAUUUUAUUUUUAGUACUUUCUCCCUUGUACUCAUUCCUAGUCACAUUUGAAUCUUUCGGAUCUGAAUAAUAAUAAUAAUAAUAAUAAUAAUAAUAAUAAUAAUAAUAAUAAUAAUAAUAAUAAUAAUAAUAAUAAUAAUAAUAAUAAUAAUGGGAAAAUAAUAUCAAUAUCCCAAAUUUUGAUGGGGUGUGAGAAAUAUUCCAAACUUGCAUAUAUAAUAUAUAUUCCAAAUUUUAUAUAAUUUUUUUUUUCAUCAUGAUUAUAUAAUUUAUAUGUGUUUUACAAAUAUAAAUUUAGAGAAAUAAGUACAUAAGUUAAAAUGCUCUAAGUUUUAUUUGGAAGUAGUAAUUUCUAAAAUUUAAUUUGUGAAAUAAAUAAUACUAAUUUGGUACAAUCCAACUUUAAUUUCACCCUUAUACAGGGGUGGACCGGUUCCGGUUCGGGCCCGAUUCGGGUCUGGGCCCGGUUGGGCCUCGGUUCAUGAAAGGGGAGGAAUGGAACCGGCCCGGGUAACCUCGGGUCCGGGCCAGGCCGGGCCUUGAUUCAUGUAUUUUUUUUUUGUCUUUUCCUAAUUAACCCCCAAUCAUCCCCCCUCACCCCCAAACCACCCCAAACCACCUGAAAUGGCCCAUCUAGUGGUGGACUCGGUUCGGGCCUUGAACCGGUCGGGCCUCGGUUCACAGAAGGCAGGCCCGAAACCGGACCGGAUAACCCCGGGUCCGGUUCGGUUUGGGUCACCCGCCCGGUUCACGAGCCGGGCCGCCUGCCGGGCCGGGCCUUUUAAUUUUUUUUAUUAUAUAUUAUAUUAUUAGAAUAAUUCGUAUUACAAUUACAAUAUAUUAUAUUCUAAUUCAAGUAUAUUUAUUUCAAAUAAGAAGUACAAUUGAGAAUUAGGAUGAAUUUAAAAAAUGUAAUACAUUUUGUAAUAAAAAAAUCAAUCGGAAUCUCCGCCUUCGGUUGUUUCCUCCAUAAAGUGGCGGGUGGGAGUGAUGGUAAUUUCUUGAGUUCUUCGUUGGGCCUUCAACCAAUCGUGAAAGCAAACUAGUGUCUCAAGAGAGCUCGGGCUCAACCUCGUUCUAUAAUUGGUUAGGACGUUGUCGGUCGCACUAAAUUCUUGUUCCACGGCAACGGUUGAUAUCGGCAUUGCUAGCACUUGCUUAGCCAUCUUUGAUAAAAUCUGGAACGUUCUUUCAUUUUCCUUCCACCACUUAAGAACGUCAAAGUCAUCACCAACUUCAUAAUCAACAUUCUGUUGGGAUAAUAUGCCCCGCCCAGUGCCAUCAGCCCGUUAUCCCCGAGCUUUGGCCCAACUAGGCCCAAGACGCAUUCUCACGAGCGGGAAUCACCCCUUGCUCAUUUACUUAUUUAUCGGGCCGGUUCGCCCAUUAGCUUGGACAUGUAUUAUGUAUUUGGGCCAAGCCCACGUAGAUUAGACUUUGGACUUGUGAUGGAUGCCUAUAAAUAGGCCAUCACCCCCUUGUAUUCUCUACGCUAUUUUUACUAUACUGAAAUGUUGCUAGUUUCUCUACCCGAGAUAUUUUCUAUCAACAUUGGUGCUUUCAUUGAGAGUCAUCUCUCAUUUUUGGUAGGAACCGGUAGAGAUUCGAGCAAAAAUCAGAUAUGAAAUUUUCCAGAUUAGGUCCCAAGGAUACGCAGCCACCAAGGUUGAACCAAGGAGAACCCGAGCAACGAACGACCGAGAGAACUGAGCAACGGCGGACGCAAAAGGAGCCUUGCCAUUAAUGGCCGCUUGAGGUUCCUGGGAUUGACGAGCGGGUUUCACACGUGACGCAAACGGAGCCUUGCCAUCGCUCUCUAUCUGCUCUAUCCAUACGAAUCGAGGACUGCACAAGCUCUUUUCGGCUGACCUCAGUGACAUGGAUUCACCUUCAACUCCGUCCGACGACAGCCAUGGAUGGAGGCAGCUCGAGCGACACCGGCGGUUGAGGAUCUCCCUCACGAGCAGCAGACUUCUCCUCAGUUCGAAGCCUCAUCCAAAGAUGGGCACAGACCUCACCCGCUCAACAAAGGACAACCCUUGAACAAUUCAUUUUCAUUUCAUUUUCAUUUACCCCAGUGCCGCAAAGGCUCCCACCUACGGUGGGGUAAGGGGGGGUCGGAUGUACGCAGCCUUGCCCCUGUACUUAAGCAAAGAGAGACUAUUUCCGGAUGACCCAUAGUGAAAAUCUCGUCCAAAAUUGCAUGGACUGACUGCUGCUUCAUAACAAAGAAGCGCAGACAGUUUAGUGAGCCAUUUUGCUUUAUUCCAUCAUAAUCUCAAGCCAAAAAUAAUGAAUCUUUGGCUCCAUUGCAAAGGACAACCCUUGAACAAUAAAAAUAUAAAUUUGAGAUUUCUACAAAAUUUUCUGAAAUUGUAGGUUCAUUGUGUAUGCCAACUGAUUGUGGUUCCGGAGCACAAUCACGAGGUCGAGCACGCUAGGAGCUAUCACCUCAGACGCUUGUAUGCUCGGUGCCAUACACCAUGCUCGUACACUCAGGGCAAAUGGAUCUCAAAGGGAGUAUGUGUCCCGACAAGUUGUGUAGCCAUGGUAGCAAGGAAGGAUGACUCGUCUUAUCACUUCUGUCGACCGGGCAGGCGGACAGCCUUCCCGGACAGACGCCAUGCUAAAUCUCGACCUCACGUACGUGAGAGAGUUGUGAAGUCUUCUACGCAAGUUCAGCUCCGCGCUGGGCGCGCACAAGCAGAACUGGCCCCUGAUGUGGUGAAAGAUAUGAGGCUAAGGCUACACGAGCUGAGGAGAAAGGUCGUCAGGGGAGAGCCAUAUGUGGCCGACCUCCACGUCCCAGAACCAUGCACUGGUACCAUGAUGAAGCAUCGUUGAUAAAGGGGUACAGACCUUGGGGUACCGUUGCUAUGGGGUUACAAACCUUGUAACACGAAGCCAUUCCACAAGGGCGGAGCCAGAAAAGAGGCCCUCCCGGCAGCACUCAUCUCGGGAAGGAAGGAAACAGUGUUGCUAAGGGGUUACAAACCUUGCAACGUGAAGCCAUUCCACAAGGGCAGAGCCAGGAAGGAGGCCCUCUCGGCAGCACUCGUCCUCGGAAGGAAGGAAGCACCGUUGCCAAGGGGCACAGACCUUGCAACACGGAGCUAUAACUCAGAGACCCGGAAGCACCAUUGAAAUAAAACCUUGCAACACGAAGCCAUAACACGAAGCCAUUACGCGAAGGCGUUGAAGCAACUCGAGCGGGUGGACCUCAGGGUCCAUACCAUCAACAACAAAGCUACAAAGUAUGAGAAUCAAGAUCAAUGCAGGACACCCUGUCAAGUCCUUUGAGCGGAACAUCACAAGCUUGUACAUCAAAUGCGUAGCGCAAGGCACCUUAUCAAAUUCUAUGAGCGGGGCACUGCAAGUUUGUAGAUCAAGCGGAGUGUAGGGCACUUUUGCCAAAUUCUAUGAACGGGGCACAACGCGUUUGUAGAUCAAGUGCGGAGCGCAGGGCAAAUUGUUAGAUUCUAUGAGCGGAGCAAUACAAGCUUGGAGAUUAAGUGUGGAGCGCCGGGAACCUUCUCUAAUCCUAAGAGCGAAGUACUGCAAGCUCGUUGAUGAAGAGUAGAUUGCAGAUCAGAUCUCUCACAUUCUAUGAGUCGAUCAUCACAAAUUGUGUAUCAAGUGCAUAACUGGAGCAACUCCUCAAGUUCUCAAAUUCUUUCAUUGUUUAUUAAAAAGUAUAUAUUUCAUUUUUCAAUCUUGAAUUUGAUGAGGUCCGACCUCACUUGGAUUAAACGGGCGGCGGCUAAAAAAAAGAGCAAAUAAAAAAAGAGAGAGAAAAAAGAGAGCAAAAGAAAAAAGAGGAGAGCAAAAAAAGGAGAGAAAAAAAGAGAGUAUAUGUAUACCACGCCCCGCUCUCGGUGUUUAGUCGACCACGGCUCGGCCCUCGAGCAAUUGUAAGACCGGCUUUCGGGUCGAAAAGGUAUGCGAGAGGUCGCGCCCCAAGCCCCUCUCGUACAUCUGUUGUCUGAUGUUGUUGUCUAAACAGCUCGCAUGCACGUAUGAUCCAAUCAACGAUGCGGCAACUAUAUGACUGGUCUCCGGACCAAAGGAAUGCGAAAGGUCAUGCUCUGAGCCCCUUUCGUACAUCCGUUGUCUGACGUUGCUAGGCUUAACAGCCCGCAUACGCGCUUGAUAGGAUCAACGGUGCGGGUCCGUUCUGGUCUGAUCAUGCAGGGCCUUGCCCUUACGUUUGGCCGACUUCAGUUCGACUUUCAGAAAUGGAACAACCAAAAUAUUUCCUAAGUAUGAAACUAGAUGUACAAGUCAAGGUGGUGUAAGACCGACCUCUGGGUCGAAGGUAUGCGAGAGGUCAUGCCCCGAGCCCCUCUCGUACAUCCGUUGUCCAAUCGCUGGUCGAACAGCUUGCACAACUCGUCGGUCCUAGACCAACAGUGUGCGGGUCAGCCCCGCCUUACCCAGCAGAGCACGGUCAAGGUCGACCCUAUCGACCUUCCGCCCCUCGCGGCCUAGGUGGGGAGCCAGAUCCCCGAUAAGUUAUCCAAGUAUUCUUGAAUAAAAAACGACUAAGAAAAUUGAAAGAACGAACGAUGCAUGCAUACAAGCUCAAGUGAUAAAUCAAUCACGGAGAACAAGUUCGACAUCAACAUUGUCCAUCUUCUCCACCCAUCACGGCUAGUCUGCGUAUCAUGCCGGCCACAACUAAAAUAGAACAAGACAACUUUUUGUGCCAAUUACAACCCUCUUUGGUCUGAAGCCAAUAAUGAACUUGCUCUGCACAGAAAGCAUACGUCUGGGAAGAAACAGGCUUCUUGAAUUUAUGGGAUGCUUGGUGUCCCACAUCCUUAGUCCGGGAAGCAAGAAGCUCGGAGAACUCCUGAGAAGCUUUGAGCACCGCAAUUGCUUGUUGCGCUGCAUCCGCAAACGAUGCCUCUACUUGGUUAUACUCGACUUCAACUGGUCACACUUUGAGUGGAGAUCGAUCAUGGCUCUCUUAUCCUCUUCAUUGCAUGCGAAAAGUAUCCUCAAGGCUGCCUCCGCUCCAUCUGCAUGCUGCCGAGCUUGGGUAGCCUGAAGAUGGGCUUAAUCAGCUUGACGCUGGAGCUCCGUAUGCUGAUCUUUCAUAGCACGGAGCAAUGCGACCGGAUCCGCCAGUCCCUGCAGGGAAAAAGAUCAGAUGACAUGGAAAAUGGUUAAGCAUCUCUCUUUGCAGCCAAGGCAAGAAAUUCGCUUCUUCAACCUGGCACAUCUGCAAAGAAACGAACAAGGUGGUACUUUAUGAAGCAGGGAAGCUGCAUGCUUCUCCCCGGCAUCAGGAAGGGAAGCUGCACGAUUCUCCCAAUCGACUAUACCUGCAAGAAAACAAGCGAAGUAAGCUGGAGCUGUACGGGUAGGAUUGCCUUCCCUAACCCGACCUGAGAAGCAGUUCAUACCCUUUCUCUUCCUGGAAAGUCUAUCUUCACGAGGCGGGGAAGCUGCACCAUUUCUUACAACACUGGACAGAGAAGCCCUGCAUUUCCCUCUAACAUUGACCGGGCCUGCAUCUGAUAUUGAAGGUCGGGGUUAGCAUCCUGCGCAACUAAGCGUGGACAUACUCCGGAUGCCGGUCCUCGACCUAAGAAGUGACAAGCUCUGAAAACGUUUAGGGAGGCCUUGAACAUGAUAAUUACCUCAUCUAUUACAUCACCGACGUUGGAACGUGCUCCGAAGGUUGGGCCUCGAGCCUAAAGCUUGCAAAACUCUGAAAUCACCGGGAAGGAUCUAACAUCACUCUCUUACCUUGCAUCGCUUUCUUGACCUGCAUCAGGGAGCUAUCCAAGCACAACUCUCUUGAUCCGACCUUGGCGGGAUGACGAUAAUGACCACUGCUUCAGAUUCAUGAUUGGCCAAUGAGUCGUCGUCUACGUUAGCACCGGCUCAACACCAUCAUUCCUUUCUCAAGACCGGUCAGAUCCUCCUUCACUUAAAUGAUGACCGCUGCUUUGAUUUCAAAGUCGGCCUACGAAUUGCCAUCCUCGUCAGGAUCGUCUCAGUGCCACCAUUCUCAUUUCAAGACCGGUCGCAUUCCCCUUCACUUGGAUGAUGACCGCUGUUAUGGAUUCAUCACGACCAGACUAAACGUCAUCAUUUUGAUUCUAUAAUCGGGGCAGUCCGCCGUCCAUAGGGAUGACCACUAUUUCUUCAUCGCAAGCCUGGGAAGGUGAGUGCUUCUCCCCAGCAUCAGGCGAAGAAACUAUUAGCAUCUUCCCGAUAUUAGGCAGGGAAGGUGCAUGCUUCUACCCGGCAUCAGUCGGAGAAGCUGGGCAUCUCUCCGGACAUCAGGCAGAGAAACUCUUAGCAUCCCCCGGCAUCAGGCAGGGAAGGUGCGUGCCUCUACCCAGCAUCAGGCAGGGAAUGAGCGUCCAUCUCCCCGGUAUCAGACAUUGAAGCUCUAAGCAUCUCCCUGACAUUAUGUAGGGAAGCUGCACGCUUCUCCCCGACAUCAUGUGGAGAAGUUGUGUGCUUCUCUCCGACAUUAGAUGGACUUGCAUCGGAUGUCAAAGGUCGAGACUUAGCAUCUUUCGUUGCAUCCAAGGCAGCAAAUGCGCUUCUCCGACCAUCCAUGCCUACGAGGAAACGAAGGUCAGGGAAGGGCAGCAAGUGCACUUCUCCGACCUACCAUACCUAUGAGGAAAUGAAGAUCAGGGCAGGGCAGCAAAUGCGCUUCUCCGUCCAACCAGCCAUACCUGCGAGGAAACAAACAGCGUGAGCGAGGAUUCUGCCGGUUGGGUUAUCUCCCCUUACCCGGCCUAAGGAGCAGUUUAUACAUUUGCUCUUCUAGGAAAGUCGCUCUUCACAAAGCAGGGAAGCUUCUAUCUUUUCCCCAGCACCAGGCGGAGAAGCUCUAGGCUUCUUCCUUACCUGAGAUAGACCUUCAUCUGACUUUGAAGGCCAAAAUUUAUUAUCUUGCACUGCAGCUAAAGCAACGCUGGAACCUCUUUUACCUGCUAUUUCUUUAACAUGUAAUAAUAGCAAUCAAUAGGGACUACUUAUCAUGGCGGACUAUUCACUGCAUCUGUCUCGAGAACAUCAGGUGAGCACUGCUCACAAGUGAAGACCGGUCUUUGUUAUCCCCUCGACGGAUGGCGACAGUUGCAGCUGCACACAAUGGCCUAAGAGCUUACCCUUUAGCUAUAUUUUGGGUGCAUUUAAAGAAGAGAUCUCUCCACCAGAGCAAGACCGUGGGCUGCAACUAAUCAGACAAACAAGACCCCAGGCUGCUGAUCAGAAGAACGAGACCAUGGGAGGCUAAUCGGAUAAACAAGACCUAAAACUGCUACCUAGGCGAAGGAAACCAUAUCCUCUCACAAGCAGCGGGGAUCAAUGUGCAUAGUUAUAAAACUACCCUCUCCCGAGCAUACCUCGGCUCGGCAUCAUCAACGGGCAGCUUUGCGACCAGCCUCUCAUGGGCAUACCUUAGCUCGGCAUCAUCGACAAACAGUUAUGCGGAUGGUCUCUCCCGAGCAUGCAUUGGCUCGACCGCCACCACUGGAAAGCAGACGAGCGACUGGCCUUCCCGGAACAUAUCUCGGCUUACCAGUAAAGCAGACGCUCAAUCAAGAACCGACGAGACUGACCUUCCUCUAUUUUAUUUUGAGGUACCGGUGUACUCUUUUUCCUUCGCUAGGAUUUUUUCCCACCGGGUUUUUUCCUAGUAAGGUUUUAACGAGGCAUCCCCUCAUCAUGAACAAAGGAAGAGGUCUUCCCGGUUGGAGCAAAGAAGACCUGGCAGCUGGCCAGAUAACCAGGACCCCAGGAUGCUACCUAGACAAGAAAGGUCUCAUCCUUGCGCAACACUGUGGGAUCACAACAGACGGUUACAUGACUAACCUUUCCAGGCACACCGCAGAUCAUCAUCAUCAACAAUCAUCUGUGUAACUAGCUAGCUAGCUUAGCAACCAGGCCGAUUUCAAAGCAGCUCAACUACUCCAUUUUAACCGAGUCUACUACUCGACUAAGGGAGUGGGGGACUCGUGUUGGGAUAAUAUGCCCGGCCCAGUGCCAUCAGCCCGUUAUCCCCGAGCUUUGGCCCAACUAGGCCCAAGACGCAGUCUCACGAGCGGGAAUCACCCCUUGCUCAUUUACUUAUUUAUCGGGCCGGUUCGCCCAUUAGCUUGGACAUGUAUUAUGUAUUUGGGCCAAGCCCCCGUAGAUUAGACUUUGGACUUGUGAUGGAUGCCUAUAAAUAGGCCAUCACCCCCUUGUAUUCUCUACGCUAUUUUUACUAUACUGAAAUGCUGCUAGUUUCUCUACCCGGGAUAUUUUCUAUCAACACAUUCAAUGUUAGAUACAAAGAAAGCUCGUUACCUGAGCUUUGUUCAGUAGCGGGAGUUGCUCUACUUUUUUUCAAAAGAGAACCCAAAGCGGAUUUUAAAAGUGAUUUUCCUUUAGAUGAAGAAGAUGUUCGUUGCAUGGGAGGGGGUGCAUUACCAUAUUGUGCAUAAAAUUCAUUAUACAAUUGAUGAAAUAAAUUACUAACCUCGUUGAAUUCUUUUUUAGGGUCGAUGGGAUUAUCAUCGAACUCUUGAGUUGGAAAAAAAGAAACAUAAUAGUAAUCUAUACAAUUUGCCAAGUAAGCAAGUUUAUAACGAGGAUCAAGAACAAAUGCAAUACCAUAUAUAUGCGGAAUAUGUGAAUAAUAUUUUAAAAACUUUUGUUUCAUGAAAUCACAAAAAUAACUAACGUAAGUGGCUUCGGAAAAUUCACAAAAAGCGCCGGCGAGAUUAACAGCUUCAACAAAAAAUUCGUUUGCGGUAGGUUUAUAAACAUGACUAAAAGUUUGAGUUGCGUUAUUAAAAUAUGCCAAAACAUUAACAAUUUUUUCACAAGUGUCGAUGUCAGCCGGGUUUAUAAUAUAGUUACAAGUUUGUCUUAAAAAAGCUGGAAAAUGAUCUUUAUAUCUAAUAAGUACUUGAAUUAAAUUAUAAGUACUAUUCCAACAAAUAGACAAAUCUUUAAGAAAAGCACAAUAAUUGACACGUCUAUCCUUCAAAUAUUGCCGCCAUUGCAUUUUUAGUGGAGUGCUAGCCCAAAUCAAUUUAAUUCCCCCUUCACUACCUCCAAAGCAUUUCCUAAUGCCGCUAAGCCAUCUUGUACACACAAAUUUAGAAUAUGACAUGCACAACGUUGAUGAAAAAACCUACCCAUCAAUGUAGAAGCAUCACACAAUUCACGUAAUCUAGGUAUAGCAGCAGUAUUAUUACUAGCAUUAUCAAAACCUACAGCAAACACCUUAUCAAUAAAAUUAUACUCAAUUAAAAUACGUUCAAUGAGAAUAUAAAUAUUAUCAGCAGUGUGACGAUCAUUGAAUUCACGAAAAGCAAGAACGCGUUUAUGCAUAUUCCAAUCAUCAUCAAUAUAAUGUGCAGUAAGACCCAAAUAAUAUAAAUGAUGAUAAGUAUCCUUCCAUAUAUCGCUACAAAUACUAACACGUCCAUCAAAGUUUGCGAAAAAUGUUUGUAAUUUUUCUUUUUCCAAGUUAUAUUGCCUUAUAACUUCUUUUUUAAUCGUUUUGCGACUAUAAUUUCUAAAUUGAGGAUUUAAAGUACCUUGAGCAUAAUCUCUUAAAACAAGACUUUCGGAAAAAAUAUAGGGUAAUUUUCUUCAACAAUUAAAUGAGACAUACCAGUCAAAUGUUUUUUAUCAUCAUAGGAAAAAUUACCAAAGGGUUGAGAAUUUGCAAACCUCGAUAUUUGUGUUUGCUUCCCCGUGCCUUUGUCUAUUUUCGCAUACUCCACAAAGUGGACGGACUGAAGAUGCCUUUUGAGACUCCCGUAUCCGCCAGAAAUUUCCAAGCUAAACUCUUUGUUGCAAUGAUUGCAACUUGUGUACCAUUUUUCGGUAUUUUCGUCUUUCCUUUUUGUAUAAUUGUUUUCAAUAAUAGGAGAUUUAGAUUUCUUACCAAUUUGGGUUGUAGUCGUUGAACGGCCCUCGUCCUCCAACUCUUGCUCAUCAUCCAGGGUGCCGUGAGUCCCGUCGCCCCCCGCGUCCUCCUCCGCAUCGUCAUCCUCGAGCUCCUCUUCAUUAAUGGUUGUCGGGAAUUGUUGUUCUUGUGCAAAGCGUGGAUCAUUUUGGGACAAUAGGUGUUGUAGUUGCUCGUCGGACAUCAUCAUAUCAUCUCGCCGUUGGUAAUCCGUUUCAAAAUCAUCUCGACUUUGAAAAGAAGACUCGGCCCGCGCUUUACCUUUGCCUUUGCGUGAAGUAGAUCGAGUCGAUGCAAUCUCCCUCUUGCGGUUGCGUUGGAGAUUACCCACAUUUACAGAAUGUCUACCACGCUCCAUC